UCCCCCAUCCCCAACGGAUGACAGACAGUAGAACUAAGGAAAACCGGAAACACAGAGAAAUCAGAAAACCCUUUAACCCUCCCUUCAUCUUCUCUUUCCUCUCUGUCACAUUUCUGCAAUUCUGCCCUAUAUGUCGGUGCCUUUCACUUAGAUCUCCAGAAAUAAAGCUUAAUCUUAUUGUCUCAUAAUCUUUACAUUCUUACCUGCUCAAGAUCCCACCUUUUUUUGUUUUACCCUCAUAUGUUAGCGUGAUUUCAACUUUCUGACAUUGUCGAUUCACUUUUGCUAAAAGAUUAGGGAUAUUAUUACUGGGUUUGUUCAGAAUUUGAAGAACAAAUUUCCCAUCUUUUGAAGUUGGGUUUUUAGGGCUUAUGUGGGUCAAAUGUUCGAGUAUUUGCUCAUACUAUAAAAACUGCUUAAGAUUACACCUUUUUUUUUUGUUUUGCCCUCAAAUGUUAAUAUUGAUAGGAAAAAAUUAGUGGGUUUGUUUGGAAUUUGAAGAAAAAAAAACCAUUGUUGGAAGUUGGGUUUUUGGUUUUUAUGUGGGUUGAAACUUGAAAGUUUCAGUAUUUGCAUCAUACUAAUUACAUUUUGCAGAGGAGUUUGAGAAAGAAGAAAUAAUUAAUUAAAGAUUAUUGUAAAAAUAUUAAGCUAUGCAAGAUUCAGGGGAAACUUCUGGAACUUACAAUGGAAUGUCUUCUGAUAAUAUUAAAGGUUUAGUUUUAGCUUUAUCUUCAAGUUUUUUCAUUGGGGCAAGUUUUAUUGUCAAGAAAAAAGGUUUGAAGAAAGCUGGAACUACUGGUCUAAGAGCAGGUAGUGGAGGCUACUCCUACUUAUAUGAGCCACUUUGGUGGACUGGCAUGAUAACCAUGAUUGUUGGGGAAAUCGCUAAUUUUGCGGCAUAUGCAUUUGCACCAGCAAUUUUGGUUACUCCACUUGGUGCAGUUAGUAUCAUCAUAAGUGCUUCCCUCGCACAUAUUAUUUUGAGAGAGAAGCUACAUAUGUUCGGGAUUCUCGGAUGUAUACUAUGCGUUGUGGGGUCAAUAACAAUAGUUCUGCAUGCACCUCAAGAGCGCCAAAUUGAGUCUGUCGCAGAAGUAUGGAAUCUAGCCACAGAACCAGGAUUCAUUGCAUAUGCAGUCCUGGUGCUAGUGCUAGUUUUCAUUCUUAUUGUGCAUUAUGUCCCACAAUAUGGGCAGUCUCAUGUAAUGGUCUACAUCGGAAUAUGUUCUCUUGUGGGAUCUUUGUCGGUAAUGGGUGUCAAAGCUCUUGGAAUUGCUUUGAAGUUGACAUUUUCAGGAAUGAAUCAGUUGGCAUAUCCCCAAACUUGGGUUUUUGCAAUCUUUGUGGCAUCUUGCAUACUAACACAAAUGAAUUAUUUAAAUAAGGCACUUGAUACUUUCAACACGGCUUUGGUCUCACCAAUCUACUAUGUGAUGUUUACGUCCUUCACUAUCCUGGCUAGUGUAAUCAUGUUCAAGGAUUGGGCUGGACAAAACGGUUCCCAAAUCGUCACGGAAAUGUGUGGAUUUAUAACCAUUUUGGGUGGCACCUUUCUUCUACACAAAACAAAGGAUAUGGCGGCAGACAGUUCAUCACUCUCAUUCCCGAGAACACCGAAACACUCUAACAUAGACGCAUUUGACGUAGAGAGUGCCCCGCUGGUAAACCAAGAAUUAGCCCGGAUAUCAUAAUCAAGGCAUGUAUCUUCUUAAUUUUUAUGGGGUUGGCAACUGUUUUUAAUACAAGUGAAUGAGCUUUCAAUUUUUAGGCCAAAAAAUAUCGGCUGCAAAGUGAAGCAGCAUGCAGUCCAGCAUUAAUGGAUUGCACUGUUCUUUGAUACAUCCACCAUCGUCCAUCGGCUCUACCUAUACCGUGUGCUUUACUUUCAGUCGGGAUAUUAAGAAAUCUUAAGCGGGCUUUUGAGUGAUUGAUGAUGAAUACUUUGUCGAUAGUUAAGAUCAAUACUACUUAUUUUAGGUUCGAGCCUGUCUCUGUCACAGGUUGUAUAAACACAAAGAGGUGAAUUGAGAAUUAAAAUUCAUUGUUGAUCUCUUCUUUUGAGGGGUUGGGUUCAUCAUAUGUACCAUUUUGUAUCUCAUAUAUAUUCUCUUGAUUUUGCUGUCUUACCACUUAUUAGUUACGAUUAUUCAAUUUUUUUUGUUUAUGUAUAUUAGACAUCGACGCACCAAUGAGGCAUGUUAUCUAACGACUCCUAUAUUUUGUCUUUUCCAUUGAAUUUGCUAUACUAUAAUCAAAAGAGCUCUUAUUUCAGUUUG